CCUAUGUGAGGCCCGACCGGCCUGAGAGCUCAGCUCGCGACAGUUGUCGCUCGGUCGCUUAGAAGGAGUCAUCUCGGCUUUAUUGUGAGCCAACUUUGCUCGAAGAAAUUCUAGUAAGAAUUUUAAAAAAACUUUUGCAAGAAUCUCAAAGAACUCUUCAGCAACUUUAAAAGAAAUUAUUCUACUUUCAAGUAUUUGUUAAAGGAAUCUCAUACAACUCUCAAGAUACUCUUAGGAUCUCACGAGAAGCUGUCAGAGGAACUUGAAAAAAUUGAUUUGUGAAGACAUCAGUUACGAGACUUCAAAAUGGCUAAUCUAAGAAACGCCUUGGGUACUGACGAGCUAACUGACAAGAAGGCCGGUCUUCCUCGUGCCCUUCUGGCGGAAUUCCUUGGUACUCUGCUGCUGAACUUUUUCGGCUGCGGUGCUGUGAUGACCGGAAACAUUGUUGCUAUUAGUCUUGCUUUUGGUUUGGUGGUAGCGGGCGUGAUUCAGGGAAUAGGCCAUAUUUCCGGUGGUCACAUCAAUCCAGCAGUCACGUUCGGUCUCGUUAUAAUCGGCAAGGUGCCAAUUAUCAGGGGUAUCCUGUACGUUGUGGCGCAAUGUGCGGGCGCCGUCGCAGGUUCAGCGAUUCUGAGAGCUUUUUCAGCUGAGAAGUACCUUAGCAAUCUGGGCGUGGUGAAACUUGCUGACGAAAUUACUCCAGUUCAAGGACUUGGCGUGGAAUUUUUUCUUGCGUUAAUCUUGGUCUUAGUAGUUUGCGGUGCAUGCGAUGCCGCUAAACCGGAUAGCAAAGGCAUCGCGCCCCUCAUAAUUGGUCUGACGGUUACCGUUGGCCAUAUCACCGGCGUGCCGCGAACAGGCGCCGGAAUGAAUCCGGCGCGUUCGCUGGGUAGCGCUGUGGUGAUGGGCGCUUUCGAUGAUCAUUGGCUUUAUUGGAUCGGCCCGAUUUUGGGUGGCAUCGCCGGUGCACUCAUUUACGUGCACGUAGUCGGGCCCGCCAAAGAACCAGAAGUGCCCGCUAGAACCUACGCUUCCGUCGCCACCGAGGAAAAGGAGAGGUUCGAGUACAUUGAUAGCGGACGUGGCGGGCUCUAAGAUACAAAGAUGUCCAGACAUACGAGCGGUCUAGCGAUUCGCCUAGAAUAGAAUAACGAUUCUUAUACGCGCGGAAAAAAAGCGAAUAUCAAACUAUCCUUAUUUUGCAGCUCCAGAGUCUUACCAGCAGGAAAAACGACAAUCCCGCUUGAUGCGUUAACCAACUUUAAUCAACUUCCGCCAGCUCGCCAGUCGCGAUAAGAAUUAUUACAUGACUUUCGUGUAAAAAAUACAAAUCUCGAAAACAAAAUUUAUAAAAUUACAUUGCUUUUUAAAAGAAGCAAGAUGCGAGCGGGAUAAUGUCAACUUCUAUUUGUUGCAGAGAUUGCAGGACGAUCUGGGGAUGCAAUUAUCCGCAUUGCAAUUAGCUGAUCUCAAAAUAAGAUAUAAUUUUUUUCGUAAAAAAGAUUCAAGUAUUAAUUUUUCUCUAAUCAAAGAGUAUUAAUCUAAUUUAAGAAAUAAAAUAUUUUUUACCACAUAAAUCACAAUCAAUUAAAAUUAAGUAAUACGAUAUAUUUCGCAGAUCGUCUUGCAGUCAAUCAGAAUGAUUAACGUAGAAAGAUAAAGAUCUUUCGUCGUAAAAUACUUCGCGAUAUCGACACCUUGAACAACGCGUGCAACCGAUAUUGCAAAUGCAUGAGAGCGAGAUGCACUUUGAUAAAUCAAUCAACCGAACAUUUGAUUAAAUUCCCCACCGCGCUUUAUAAAUAGAUAACUAAAAAAUUACGCAAUCUGUUUAACUGCCAUAUGCGCAAUUUUAUAUUUUGACAUUUAAUUUUGUAAUAUUCAUUUAAUUUAGUUCUAAAUUUUUAAGAUCAAAUUAGUAAUAAUUAAAUUAAUAAUUUAAUAUUAGUUGAGAGUCAACUUUAAUCAAUUCAAACAUUAAUAGCAAAUAAUACGCGAUUAAAGCAGAUUCAAUCGAUAAGAUUAAUCAUAAAUUUUUUUAUAAGUAGAUCUGUCUAUUUAUUGAUGUAUUUGAUUAAUUUGCGCACUUGUGUAAUUUAUUGUUCAUUUCACAUUUAAAUAAAUGCAAAUGCAUAUUUGUAGCCCUUUCGUGCAAGCUUACACGCGAGUUUCCAAACGGUUUUCGAGAUACUUUUUACACAUUUGCCGCAAAGAUUCUCUACAUGUUUUAAAACAUUAACACAUGCAAACAUGCGAGUAUAUUUUAUUAAAAACUACUAAUAAAAUACGACUAAUUUUCCAAGCGUAAUCACAUGACCUUAACCUAUCUAUACAUUUCACACAAUCACAAUAAAAUGUGCAUUUCUUCCACGUGUAAAAGUAGUGUUAGUGCAUAAAAUUAUUUAUAUAAUAAUUGUAAUCCAAAGUACACACAUAUAUAUAUAUAUAUAUUAUCAUAAAUGUAAACCUUAUAUGUAAUACUGUACGAAAUAAAAUCUAAGUUUUUAUAUGAAUAUUUUAAAUUAUUAUCACUUUUUUAAUUUAUUCUUAUCACUUCACAAAAAAUGCCACAAUAACCAUAUACUAAAUAAUUCUUACCUUCAAAUUACCUAUUUUUAUUUUGAAUACCUGUUAUUUAAAAGGGGGACAUAGGGGCAAUAUUCAAUUCGAACAGCGUCCGGAAAUUUUACAUUUACACACCAUAUUUUGUAUUUCAUAUAUAUAUAGUUCCAAAUAUCUUGCAUAAUAUCGAAUAAUCUACUUGAUAUCAUCUUUGUAAUUUUUACUAAUUAAUGAAAUAAUUGCGAUUACGAUUAUUGUAAAUAUACGUCUCAUUAUCUUUUAUGUUCCCAACAGUGUAAAUCUAUCGAUUUGCAGAAUCUGUUGCACUGAUAAGAUAUCGAAAAAAAGUUGCUAAUUAUAAGAGACACGUAAAAAGUUUGAAAGCAGGAAAGUAAUUUGUAGAAGAAUCACUCUAAUCAUGUUACUCAACAGAUUUGAAUUCAAAUUUCUUUAAUUAGCAAUUCGCACUAAAUUUCUCUGCCAUCUUAUCUUUAAUGUGAUUCCUUUUCUGCAAAUUACUCUCCUGCUCGUACACUUUUUACGUGAGUACAUCUUAUAAUUACUAACUUAUUUUGCAAUUGAUUACAGCUGACACUUAAUGCUAAAAAAAGAAGACGAAUCCGACGAUGACGCGAAGUUUUAAGUUUCUUCGUCAGCGAAGACGAACAUGCGGAAAGAGAAGAUACAGAUUACUGUAUGUACACAUUUUUCUCACGGCUGUAAUUCGGGGCCAAUAAAACCACUCGGUGGCUAUCUGUAUAUUUACAAAUAUAUUCUCAGUGCGGAUAUGCUAAGUCGAACGGUAACACUUAAAACGAAAGCAUCAUCGCGAACAGAUUUGAUAGAAGUUCUUGUUAAUAGAAGUGCCUUUAUUUUAAAAAUAUUGUAAAUGUUGAAAAAUUUUGAACAAA